AUGAAUUGGUCCAGUGCUCAGAAGUACUGCAGGGAGAACUUCGUUGACCUGGCCACCGUGAGGAGUUACACUGAAAACCAGAAGAUGCAGAACUUCAUGACUGGAAACUUGGCAUGGAUUGGUUUGUUCAGAGAUCCUGAUGUUUACUGGUCUGAUGGGAGUGGCUCUUCAUUCACAUACUGGACCACAGAUUACUACCCAAUUGGUUCAUUGAGUGUCGCAUGUGGUGUUGCAGCUUCGCAGAGUUCAGGAAGAUGGAAGUUUCUUCCCUGUGAAACUAGAUUACCAUUUGUCUGCUACAGCUUCCCUGUAAAGAGGCAGGCAGUAAAGCUGAGGAUAAAGCCAGAGGACUCCUCUGUGGAUCUGAAUGACCCUGCUGUGAAAGCUGACAUGCUGAAAAAGCUCCAGGACAGGCUGAAGGAGAAAGGAGUGAGUGGAGUCACCCUGAAGUGGAGAGAGCAGCCUGAUGGGAAAGUCUUCCACAAGAAGGACAAGACUGAGCUCUAAAACUAGUCCUGAGUGCUUAACCAGAACCCUGAAUCCAUCCUGUAGACUGUCAUAGGAGAGUUUUGUGUCUCAUCAACAAUAUAU